CCCCACCUACACGAACGCCACUGCCUGCCAUUUUUUUUCUUCACAAAUUCAGACUUCUGUGAGGAUUUUGGAGCAACGAAAGCACAGAGAACCAUCGUCCAACCAUGGCUGCUGCGGAUUUUCAACAAGAAGAGUUUGACGACAAGUUCCUGACUUGUGAUAUCUGCAAGGAAAUCUUUGAAGACCCACGAAUCCUGCCGUGCCACCAGCAGCACACCUUCUGUUCCAGGUGUCUAGAAAGAAGGCAGGAGGGGAGCCAGUUUACCUGCCCUAUCUGUCAGCACCAGGUGGAACUAGGGCGAGCAGGUGUCAGCAGUCUUCCUCCCAACCUCUACGUUAAGAAAUUACUGGACUUCAGAGCCCUACAUAACAGUAAGAAAGCUCGUGCCUCCUGUGGAAUGUGUGACUCUGCAGCUAGUGUAGAAGGGACAUGUGGGGACUGCCAACUACUGUUAUGUGGAAAAUGCCUGAUCGCCCACGAAAACACUCGAGCACUGAGGGGUCAUUCUUUCAUUACCCUAGAUGACCUGAAGAACCCCAGUAGAAGAUCACAGUACACUCGGGCGGAGUAUUGUCCCAGACACAGCAACGAACGCUUGGCGUUCUACUGCCGACCCUGCGCCAAGCUCGUGUGCCGCCACUGCAAAGAGCACCGAGGACGGAAUCACAAUCCACAGGAGGUCAGUACAGUCGCACAGACGUUCAAGACUGAACUACAGACAUUGCUACAGAACCCCAAAGAUAAUGCUAAAAUUCUUAAGAAAACUGGCAGCAUGGUUAAUAAAGAACUAAGCAGCAUCACAACAAACUGUGACAUAGAGGAGACGAAAAUACAGGAACACUUCGCACAGCAGAGAGAAGAACUGGACAGAAUGGAGAAAGAGAUGAGAGAAAAACUUAGAGACAUGGAGAGGAGUCAGAAGGAACCUCUGCUUCAGGAGAAAGAAGAGUUGGAAAAGACUUUAAGAUCCACGGAAGAAGGACUGAAAUCCUGUACAGAUGUCUUAGGUAGAGAUAAUGAUGUAGAAAUUAUCACACGCAGGCAACAGCUAGGAGCCAGGCUAGAAAAUCUGGCCCAAUACCAGAUUCAGCAGCACAGACCCCUAGAAUAUCAUGACCAGGUAUCAUUUCUGAUCCAACCUGCAAAUAUUAUCUCACAUUGUGACGUGACCCUGAUUUGCAAGCCUGUAGUUUUCACAGAACUUCCUACAGAAAGCCUGCCAACAACUGUCAUUUAUUACAAAUCACAGACGAGGCAAUUUCAGGGAACUCCGCAAGUCACAGUCACCUCCCCUGGGGGGCAGUGUGCCAGAUUAGACACUACAGAAACCAGUGAGGGUGUGUUUGAGGCAGUCUGGAGGCCACAAACGUCAGGGAAGCAUGAGGUGGGGGUGACUACAGGGGGUGGUACUACAGGGGGGAGGGAUGAGGUGAGAUUGAGUUCCCCUGUUACAGUAGAUGUGCGCAGUAACGAUCCUGUGCUGAGAUUCGGGCAAAAGGGUAGCGAGCAGGGGCAGUUUGACUGGCCUAUAGACGUAGCAGUCAUGGGGGACAGGCUGUAUGUCGCUGAUUUUUGGAACAGUCGUGUUCAGGUGUUUGAUCUGAUUGGGAAGUUUUGCUGCUCAUUUUCAACAUCUACAAACCCUGCAUCAGUUGCAGUUCAGACUGAUGGCACCAUAGUGGUGCAGGGUGGUUAUGAAGUGAAGAGGUUUUCGUCAUCAGGAGCACUGCAGCACAAAUUUCGUCUGGGUGAAUAUUGUACAGACCCCCAUGGUCUGGCAGUACAGUGCGAUGGGAAGGUUGUUGUAGCUGAUCGAGGCAAACACAGCAUCUCCCUGUUUAAGGCUGAUGGGGCAUUGGUGAAACAGGUGGGAGGGCGGGGGAACGGGGAGGGGCAGUUUGACAAGCCAUAUGUCGUCUGUGUGGAUAAAGAAGACAACAUCAUUGUGGCAGAUAGACACAACCACCGUGUUCAGGUGUUCGACAAGAAUCUGAAAUUCCAACAUAAGUUUGGUCAGAAGGGCAGACAGCCACAGGACAUGUGGGCUCCUCGCGGGGUGUCAGCUGACAGCAGGGGUAACAUAGUUCUGGCAAACAUUGGGGGUGAUGAUGGUAUAAGACACAGCCGAAAGCUUCAGGUGUUCCGCCCAGACGGCACCUGGGUGUCCACCAUUAGCAGUGAUGGGGACAAACUGAAGGUUCCCUGUGGGUUGGCUGUAACAGAGGAUGGACAUGUGUUUGUAGCUGAUCCUGAAAACCAUUGUAUCAGGAAAUACAGAUACAUCUGAGGAACUUUUUUGCUUUCAAAAUUAAUGUG